AUGGUUGAACAGUGGAAGCAGGCAUCGAAGCAGCACCUCACGGCAAAGCUGUUCCACGAGGUUGUGCAGGCUUUCCGAGCAGCUGUGGCCACCACCCAGGGAGACCAGGACAGCGCCGAGGACUGCAGGUUCCAGGUUACAGACAGUGCCGUGUUCAACGCCUUGGUCACCUUCUGCGUCAGAGACCUGCUCGGCUGUCUCCAGAAGCUGCUGUUCAGCAGGGCCCCAAAGGGCAACACCAGGGCGGCACCACCAUCCAGUAGCCCACUGUGGGGGAAGCUCCGUCUGGAUGUCAAGACCUACCUGAACUCGGUCACACAGUUGGCGAGCUGCCUGACGGAGACCACCGUGGCCGCGGCCGUCCUCCAGCACAUCAGCAAUGCGGUGCCCUACUACCUCACGUUCCCUCAGCAGUGCCGGGCGCUGCUCAAGAGGAUGGUGGUCUUGUGGGGCACCGGCGAGGAGACCUUGCGGGUACUGGCCUUCCUGGUCCUCAUCAGAGUCUGCCGGCACAAGAAGGACACCUUCCUGGGUCCCAUCCUCAAGCAAAUGUACAUCACGUAUGUGAAGAACUGCAAGUUCACGUCCCCCGGCGUCCUCCCCACCAUCAUCUUCAUGCAGCGCACCCUGACAGAGGUGCUGGCUCUGGACUCCGAAACGGCCUACCAGCACGCCUUCCUCUACAUCCGUCAGCUCGCCGUCCACCUGCGCAGUGCCAUGGCCAUGCGGAAGAAGGAGACGUACCAGUCUGUGUACAACUGGCAGUAUGUGCAUUGCCUCCACCUGUGGUGCCGCGUCCUGGGCACCCUCUGCCCCAACGGCGCUCUGGAGCCCUUGAUCUAUCCCCUCACACAGAUCAUCAUCGGCUGCAUCAAGCUGGUCCCCACUGCGCGCUUCUACCCUCUGCGCCUGCAUUGCAUCCGCGCCCUGACGCUGCUGUCCGAGAGCACUGGCACCUUCAUCCCCGUGCUGCCCUUCAUCCUCGAGGUUUUCCAGCAGGUCAACUUCAACAAGAAGCCAGGACGCAUGAGCCCCAAGCCCAUAAACUUCGCCGUGAUCCUGAAGCUGUCCAACGUCAAUUUGCAGGAGAAGGCGUACCUGGACGGUCUGCUGGAACAGCUGUGUGACCUCUCCCUGGAGUACCUGCAGGGCCAGGCCCACAGUGUCGCUUUCCCAGAGCUGGUGCUGCCCGCUGUCCUGCAGCUGAAGUCCUUCCUGCGGGAGUGCAAGGUGGCCAACUACUGCCGGCAGGUGCGCCAGCUGCUCGAGAAGAUGCAGGAGAACGCGGAGUAUGUGCGUGGCCGGCGCCAGGCCGUCUCUUUCGGAGUGUCCGACCGGCAGGCUGUGGAUGCCUGGGAGAAGCAGACACGAGUGGAGGGGACCCCACUCAUCAAGUACUACGGCCACUGGAGGAAGCUGCGGGACCGGGAGCUCCAGCUGGAGAUCAGCGGCAAAGAACGGCUGGAAGACCUGAACUUUCCAGAAAUAAAGCGGCGGAAAACAGAGAGCAAGAAGGAGGAGGACAAGAAGGAGUUCAAGGACCUCUUUGACCUGGAAAGCGAUGACGAGGACAGCACCUCUGGCCUCUCAAGGACAGGUAUUAGGCCACCAUAGGCCACGGGUGAGGGAGUGGAGGAGGAGGAAGAGGACAGCGAUGGCAGUGAGGAGGAAGUCAGUGACUCCGAGGAUGGCGGCACAGACGCAGAGGCGGGGCUGAGCCCAGAGGAGCUGCAGCGCUUGGCCCAGGGGCCAGAUGAUGAGCUGGAGGACCUGCAGCUCUCAGAGGAGGACUGA